GUUAGUGUUGGGUGUGAUUCAAUUGAAGGAUCUGAUCAGAUUUGCUAUUAAGCUCCUCACACAUGCCGGUUUCUAAGUUUGGAUCAGAAGAUUUGUCUGAACAGAAGUUAAUUGAAGAAGGAAGGGAGGAAUUAGGGUUUGGGAGUAUGAAGAAGCACCAAGUAGUAGCCAAAAGAGAUGAACAAUCUUACAAUAGCUAUACUACUUCUUCUUCCACUGUUAGGAGUGUUAGAUAUGGAGAGUGCCAGAAGAACCAUGCUGCUAGUAUAGGAGGAUACGCCGUCGAUGGUUGCAGAGAAUUCAUGGCUAGUGGUGAAGAAGGAACAACUGCUGCACUUAAAUGUGCUGCAUGUGGUUGUCACCGGAAUUUCCACCGGCGUGAAGUCGUUACCGAGGUUGUGUGUGAGUGUUCUUCACCUUCUUCUAAUGAGAAGUAAAA